GUCUCGAUAGCCGCGGCAGUAGUCUCAGUGACUGCCCUCGAGCCAGAAGGCAAUGGCGGUGUUGGACAGCGGGGCGAGCCGUCUGAGGCGGCAGCUGGAGUCGGGCGGCUUCGAGGCCCGUCUGUACGUGAAGCAGCUCUCUCAACAGUCAGACGGGGAUCGAGACCUGCAGGAGCACCGGCAGCACAUCCAGGCGUUAGCGGAGGAGACGGCGCAGAACCUGAAACGCAAUGUGUACCAGAACUACCGGCAGUUUAUCGAGACGGCCCGAGAGAUCUCCUACUUGGAGAGCGAAAUGUAUCAGCUCAGCCAUCUUCUCACGGAGCAGAAGAGCAGCCUGGAGAGCAUCCCGCUCACGCUCCUUCCCGCCGCUGCGGCCGCCGGAGCCGCCGCGGCCUCUGCGGGGGAGGAGAGUGGAGCUGGGUCAGGGGGCCGAGACCACUUCCGAGGCCCAACAGGCUUUUUCUCCUCCCCCGGGGCCGUCUCCCGGGACAGUUCCGGUCCGGCCGAGGAAGGAAAGCAACGCACCCUCACCACCCUGCUUGAGAAGGUGGAAGGCUGCAGGCACCUGCUAGAGACACCUGGACAGUACCUGGUGUAUAAUGGGGACCUAGUGGAGUACGAGGCAGACCACAUGGCCCAGCUGCAGCGGGUGCAUGGCUUUCUCAUGAACGACUGUUUACUGGUGGCCACCUGGCUGCCACAGCGGCGGGGGAUGUACCGAUACAAUGCCCUCUACCCCCUAGAUGGAUUAGCAGUGGUAAAUGUCAAGGACAACCCACCCAUGAAGGACAUGUUCAAGCUACUCAUGUUCCCCGAGAGCCGUAUUUUUCAGGCAGAAAAUGCUAAAAUCAAACGCGAGUGGCUAGAAGUCCUAGAAGAAACCAAGAGGGCCCUAAGUGAGAAAAGACGAAGGCAGCAAGAGGAGGAGGCAGCUCCCCGGGGACCACCUCAAGUGACUUCCAAGACCACUAAUCCAUUCGAGGAUGAAGAAGAAGAGGAACCAGCUGCCCCUGAGGUAGAGGAAGAGAAGGUGGACCUCUCCAUGGAAUGGAUCCAGGAAUUGCCUGAAGACCUAGACGUUUGUAUUGCCCAGAGGGACUUUGAAGGCGCAGUAGACCUCCUGGAUAAGUUGAACCAUUACCUGGACAAUAAGCCCAGCCCUCCUCCCGUGAAAGAACUGAGGGCCAAAGUCGAUGAGCGCGUCCGCCAGCUCACCGAGGUCUUGGUUUUUGAGCUCUCCCCAGAUCGUUCUCUGAGAGGGGGUCCCAAGGCUACCCGAAGGGCAGUUUCACAGUUAAUCCGCCUGGGCCAGUGCACCAAGGCUUGUGAGCUGUUUUUGAGAAACAGGGCAGCCGCCGUACACACUGCGAUACGACAACUUCGGAUUGAGGGUGCCACCUUACUCUACAUUCAUAAGUUGUGUCAUGUCUUCUUUACCAGCCUUCUGGAGACGGCCAGGGAAUUUGAGACUGAUUUUGCCAGUACUGACAGUGGCUGCUAUUCAGCCUUUGUUGUCUGGGCCCGGUCAGCCAUGGGCAUGUUUGUGGAUGCUUUUAGCAAGCAGGUGUUUGAUAGCAAAGAGAGCCUUUCAACAGCAGCAGAGUGUGUAAAGGUGGCCAAGGAGCAUUGCCAGCAGCUGGGCGACAUUGGCCUAGACCUCACCUUCAUUAUCAAUGCUCUCCUGGUGAAAGACAUCCAGGGAGCCCUGCACAGUUACAAAGAAAUCAUCAUUGAAGCCACUAAGCACCGAAACUCCGAGGAAAUGUGGAGGAGGAUGAACUUGAUGACCCCAGAGGCCCUGGGAAAGCUCAAAGAAGAGAUGAAGAGUUGUGGGGUGAGUGAUUUUGAGCAGUACACAGGGGAUGACUGCUGGGUUAACCUGAGCUACACAGUGGUGGCUUUCACCAAACAGACUAUGAGCUUCUUGGAAGAAGCUCUGAAGCUGUAUUUCCCAGAGCUGCACAUGGUACUUCUGGAGAGCUUAGUAGAGAUCAUUUUGGUGGCUGUUCAGCAUGUGGAUUACAGUCUUAGGUGUGAACAAGAUCGAGAGAAGAAGGCCUUCAUUAGAAAAAACGCCUCAUUUCUGUAUGAAACUGUCCUCCCUGUUGUGGAAAAAAGGUUUGAAGAAGGUGUGGGGAAGCCUGCCAAGCAACUCCAAGACCUGAGAAAUGCUUCCAGACUCAUACGUGUGAAUCCGGAAAGUACAACCUCAGUGGUCUGAAGCCUGGGUUCAUUAUUCAUAUCUAUUGUUUAUCUAUUAUUUAUAUUGUUAACUUAGUAUAUUCUUUUGAUGUUUGAACGGUUUGAAAUGAAAUGAUACCCUCUAACGUAGAAAUGUAAAAUCAAAAGAGGAAAGAAAAGCUAUUCAAUUAAGCAAAAGUAACAGUGGAAAUAUUAAAAUAUAUACUUUUAAAUUAUGUGAAUUCUCUAAGGGGGGAUAUAUGCUUACAUUAUAGUAUUUCAGCUUAUCCUUUGAGUUAAGAUAGAUGUUCUCAAGGUAUAUGUUAUGUGGUACAGAGAAAUAAUGUCGUUACAUUGAGCUUAAGUAUGUUUUGGAAAAUGCCCUGGUUGCUGAAAUGCUAAGAUUUCUUGAAGUAUAUAAUGGGUACCAUGCCAGAGAAACACUCUGCCCGUAUACUUCAUAUUGAAAUGUCAGGGGAAAUUUGGGGGGAGUGUGCUGAAAAAUUUUAGGGCAUAUAACAGCCCAAGAACUCACUAUUUAAACUAGUGUAUGGGCUCAGAAAUGCCCUCAACUCUUCAUAGAAUACAGGAGGAAGCUUUCAUAAAAACUGUUGCAAACUUUUUCAACAUAAUUUGAAUGGUUCAUUCCUUUCAGCUUUGAGGUAGUAGGUUUAUAAUCUUAAGGACAUGAUAAAGUAUUUUUUAAAGGUAUUCCUGAAUUGUGUAUAUUUCCACCUGGAAUACUUGUUUUUGUCAUAUUAAAGAUAAUUUAAAAACAGGACAUUGAGAAAUUUGGCAGCAGUCUGAUUUUUAGCUGCUUUUGUUUCAGUGUGGGUUAUGUAGUAGUUCAGACUUUGAAACUGGGGAGAAAUUUUUCAGUGAUGUGUUUAUUUAGAAAUCAGAGUGUGGGUUCAUGGUAAAUUGGGGUGUGUGAUCAUAUGUAAAUGACGUGUUCUCAAGGUGACUAUUUUGAGCAGAGAUUGUUUUGUGUGUGUCUGUUCUUGGUAACAGUGGAGGACAGAGGAGAGCCAAUGUUCCUAAAACAAUGGAGGAGGCCUUUUAUGACUUCUAUAAGAAUGCUCAGUGCUGCAUUUCAAUUUUUUUUUUUACUUUUUUUUUUGCUUUCAAAAGCAAAAAUAAGGAAAUUUGAGCUUUCCAAGGUUCCUACACUUUUGCUUCUGUGUAUAUUAUUUAAUAUUUCUUAAACUUUGCAAUUGUGCUUGCUAAGAUCCUUAAGUGCCAUUUUUAAAUGCCAUUAAUUUUUAAAAGAUCAUAUCUGUUACCUGAAUAAAAAUAGUGAUAUUGAGAGUGUGGGUUUUAUGUAAAACUUAACACAGGUCCCAAAUAGUGGGUUAUGGUUGUAAAAUUUCAAAUUACUCUUAUUCCACACAAGCUUUUUAAUCUUAUUUUCAGCUCUGCGUAUUUAAAAGUUGAAAAUGAUAAAAAUCACAUUUUUUCUUUGACUACUCUUUUCACGUCACUUUAGAAUUUUCUAAAUAGGGCUAACUAGAUAUUUCAGUUGAACAGACUGGUAUCUUUUUUUUUUUUUUUUAAAUCAUGGAGAAGUUGAAUUUGAUAAAAUUUUGAGAUUAUUUUGUGCUAUUUCAGGCUUUUAAAAUUGUAUGAGGCAUGUAUAAAUAUUUGAUGCUGAGUUCAUAAAAUGAUACUUUUAAAUAAAAAUGACAAAGCGUGAAGUUGUAAAAACUGUAUAUAUGCUCAGAUAUUUAAAUGAUUACUUCGUCAUAGCACUCUGCAUUUUUAAAAUUGGAAGCACUGGAUUUUCUUCUGUUAAUUUUGUGUAUUCCUUAAUCAUAGUUGUUUGCUUUAGUGAAUCAAUUUGUAUAGAAAUUUAUUAAAGACCACCAGUGUUAUAAUACACCGUAAUAUGCAUGUUUUGUGCUGAGACAGAACCACUGUGUUGCCUUCCUCAAAGGGAGUCAUAACUCAUCUCACUGAUUCUGUUGUUUCAUUUGAUUGCAAAAUAAUUUCUAAGAUCUGAAUGCAAAUUUGUGAACAUGUUAAAAUGUACCACAUAUGUUUUCUUGUUUGCUUCAAGCCUAACACAGAUCCUUCAACUUGGAAUCACAGACUUGGUUGAAUUAAUUACUGCUGGAAAAGAUAUCCUGGAAUUAAGUCUCUUUUUGAUUAAAAGCUCAUUCCGUGUAUAGUCUGAAAAUGCAUUUCCUUUUUUAAAAAUACUACCUACAAUUUAAUGAUCAGUACUUGUAUUUUAUAUCUAGAAUUGGGAAUUUGAGACUUAAUAUGUAGUAUAAAAUUAGUAUGUGUUAAUUUUGCUUACUGAUAUGAUGCUAUAAGGUAAUCUUGAGAUGUUUUUUUAAAUAAAGCUUAAAAUUUUUCUUACACUGGAUAAAAUUGAUACUGCAAUCUAUUUCUCUUUAAUUGUGAUUUAAUAUUCUUCUGUUCCUCUUAAAAAUAUAUUCUUUGAAUAGCCUUGUGUUUGUUGUGGGAAUGAUACAAGGGAAGCUGUUAGCUAAUUUAAGGUAGCGUUAUGCUUACUGAAAGAAUUAUGAAUAAAUGAAUUCUCAA